CUGUCCAAUGAACAGGAACGAGUAGCAGUUUAUUGUGAUAUUUUUUGUGAUUCUUUUUUGCAGCUUUGAUAAUUAUAAAGCAUAUUACUCUGUCUCUGAUGUGACGUGUACUCCAGUAGAAGUUAGAAUAACUGAAGUGAAUUCCAAUACAACUUAUUACUAUUGAAAACCAUACAGUAUCUGUGAUUCCGGAAUAUAAUCGCAACAUUAACAACAUAAAAAAAAAAUACCAUUUUGAAAUAAUUAAAAGUUUGUUAAAGCGUGUUCUAUCAUUUAUAGUCUGUGUAAAGGAAGAAUACAUGCCUUUACGCAGUGAUUAAUUAUCUCAACUUCCUUUUGAUAUCGUGGUUUCGAUACAUUUUAAUAAAAAAAAAGAGAGAGAGAAGAAUAAAGGAAAAACGUGGUAACACUACUUAAGUCAUGGCUCGUGAAUUUCUAGAGCACUUUUAUUUUCGAGGAAUAGACGGAGCGGUAGAAAAUUCAGGUGGUGGGACGGGCACUGGAUACUGCGGCGGUCCAACGGGGGCAACAACUCCAGAUGAAAAUGAUACAUACAACAAUAAUCAUUUUCAAAACCACUUAACAAGAUCUCUUAAUCCAGUAAACACUGGCAGCAACGAGAAUAAUAACACAUCAACAGACAUGGUGGACGCCAUGAAAAAGAAGUGGGUACGUUUACAAGCCAAUAUUGAUAAUAUGUUCCAGGGUUUUGGCUUCUCGCAGCCGUUCAACAGGCGUAGAGAAGGAGCAGUAGUAGCAGGUGGAGGAGAAGGUCGCUGCGGAGUAGGAGGCAGUCUGACGCCAAAUGAGAAGAAACGGAACGACAACCUUCAUCUUCAUCACAGUAACAACCAUCGUCACCACAGUCAUUGGGCUGAACACGACACUCACCUAAACUCCUCCAAUUCCGAUGCCGUGGUUGUUUAUCAAGAGCAGAUUGAAAUGGCUCUGCUGAGUCAAGGAGAAUUACGGCUUGGAGUUGGACAUGAUUUUGUCUUGGAGUUGCGUUCUAAUCCUACUUGGUGUGACAAAUGUGGGGACUUCAUAUGGGGAGCCUACAAACAGUGCCUCAAGUGCAAACCUGGGCAGAUUUUUGGUUUACUGACCAAAUGUUCAAUGCACAUGAUUAUCAGAAGUUAUGUGGUAGCCUGCAAGUUCAUAAUGAAGCAUUGAACUAUGUAAAAAACUUUUGGAGUCGAAAACCAUCAAAACUGGAAAUUCCCAGAACAAAUCAGAGUGCAGAAUGGGCAAUCAAGUGCCCUCAAGAUCUUUAUGAUGUUUGUAAAGAGAAGGAGAAACUUCAGUUUCGAUUUAUUUUAUCUGACAAAACAUUAAUUCUUUGUUUAAAAAUUGGCUUUAAAUAGGGAAUUAAACUUAUAAAGUUAAAAAUAUGUAUUGUUUUUAAUUUUGUAUGUUAUUGAAUGCUUGUAGUGGCCUCUGUCUUAAAAUAGCUGUUUUGAACCUUUGCAUAGAGCAAUUUUAAUUCAGUAAUCUUAAAAAUGUAUAAAUACACUUUUAUUCCACAUCUCUCUUGUGAAAUAAAGUA